CCCAGCUACUCACCUGCUACUACUACAACUUCCCGUGAGAAGAAGAUUGUACAGUAUUGUCAUCCAUACAGCACCACAUCAUGGCGGUUUCAACACGUGAUGAGCACAAAUGGUGGAAAGAGGCCGUGGUCUACCAGAUCUAUCCCGCCUCAUUCAAGUCCACGGGAGCCGGAGACACGCCCGGAUGGGGAGACAUUCGAGGCAUCACGUCCAAACUGGACUAUCUGAAGGAUCUUGGUGUCGACAUUGUAUGGACUUCGCCCAUGUACAAGAGUCCCCAGGUCGAUAUGGGAUACGACAUUGCGGACUACGAAGACAUGGACCCCAAGUACGGCACGCUCGCUGACAUUGAUGAGCUCAUUGCCGGCUUGAAAGAUCGAGGCAUGAAACUGAUGAUGGAUCUCGUUGUCAACCAUACAUCGGAUCAACAUGCAUGGUUCCUGGAUGCUCGAUCGUCCAAAUCAAGCACCCAUCGAGACUGGUACAUUUGGAAACCGGCACGCUACGAUAAAGAUGGCAAGCGACAGCCGCCCAACAACUGGGCCCAAAUUCUCGGAGAGGCGAACUCGGCAUGGACAUGGGACGAAAAAACGCAGGAAUAUUUCCUCUCGCUCUUCACGCCAGAACAGCCGGAUCUCAACUGGGAAAAUCCCGACGUCCGAGCCGCUGUUCACAAUGUGCUGCGCUUUUGGCUCGAUAGAGGCGCCAGUGGCUUUCGAAUGGAUGUCAUCAAUCUCAUCAGCAAGGUCCAGACCUUUCCCGAUGCCGAGAUAUUCGAUGCAAACGCCAAAUAUCAACCGGGUAACAAGUUCUUUGCGAAUGGACCAAGGCUCCACGAAUUCUUGCGAGAAAUGAACGACAAGGUUCUAUCCAAGUACGAUACCAUCACCGUGGGCGAGAUGCCAUUCGUACAAGAUGAAGACGAAGUGUUGAGAGUCGUCGCGCGAGAGCGCAAGGAGUUGAACAUGAUCUUCAUCUUCGAAUUGGUGGACCUCUCCAAUGCCGUGGGCGCGCCCAGACUCUCGCUGCGUCCCUGGAAAGUGAAGGAACUGCGGAACGUUGUCUCGAAAUGGCAGAAAGCGAUGCGCGAAAGAGGGGGAUGGAACAGUAUAUUCGACUCGAAUCACGAUAACCCGCGGCCGGUGUCGCAGUUCACAGACGACUCUGAUCAAUACCGCGAGCUGAGCGCGAAGCUCCUGGCAAUGAUGGAGACGACAUUGAGCGGCACACUUUACGUGUAUCAAGGCGAAGAGCUUGGGAUGAUCAAUGUUCCCCCGGAUUGGGCGCCGUCAGAGUACAAGGACAUUGAGUCCCAGAACUACUGGAAGAAAAUGAAUGAUCUGUAUCCGGGUGACGAGGAGAAGCUUCGUUAUGCACGAGAGGUGUUGCAGAAGAAGGCCCGCGAUCAUGCACGAACUCCCGUGCAGUGGAGCGACGAGCCGAACGCUGGUUUCUGCGAGGCCAACGUGACACCUUGGAUGCGCAUCCACGACAAUUACAAGAGUGUCAAUGCAGCAGCCCAGCUCCACAGCACAGGCGAUGAGCUGUCUGUGUUCCAUUUCUGGCAACGUGGUCUCGCGAACCGAAAGAAGCACAAGAAAGCCUUCGUCUAUGGAUCCUACGAGAGCCUCGACGAGAGCGACAACAGCGUCUUUGCUUAUAAGCGAUCCGAUGGUGCCCAAGAGGCCUUUGUAGUGGUACUCAACUUUUCGGGAGAGACGAUUGAGUGGAAUGUGCCCAAAGCAGUGACUGUUCACAAAUGGGUCACGAGCAACUACACAGGCGAUGUUCCCCAGGAGAGUAGUUCGGGCAAAGUCAGCUUGAGAGCUUGGGAGGCUCUGCUCGGAACUGCCGCGCCUUGAAGAUGUUCGCAUGAUGUGGUUCGAGUCGUUUUCCGAAAGAGUACAACUUUCAUCAAGACCGGGAAAGAAGAAGUAGAAGAAGAUAAUAAUAAGAACGAAUAACCCGGUUACAGGUUAGUUAGAC